GACCGGCACCAGAGGGACUGAUUGUUCCGUCCGGCCCUCCUCUACACGCCGUAGUUAUCUAACGAAGUCGAACAUGGAGGGACGCUUUCUGGUCGUUCUACUAUUGGCCUUGGACCUUGUGCUGACUGAGGUCACCUGGCGUCCGUUAUCAGGCCAGCUGCCCGGGUACGUCCAAAUCCAGGCUGUGGACAUACAAGAUGUGCCGAACAUCGGAGGUCGGGUGGUGAGUGUCUCCUACACCGCAACAAGCACGACUCAUGUGCUGUGGCAAGUUGAUGGAAAAGAGGUGAUGCACUUCGACACAAACUUCGCCACAAUGUCCGGUCAAAACUCUGCGUCUCUGCGUCUGGUGCGUGUUGACCCAGACACGUCGGUAAUGGCCACAAUCAUCUUGCCGGCGUAUCAGGAAAGCGUGUACUUCCGGGUAGGGGAGGUAACUCCAGGCAGAUACACUAUCUCAAACCACACCCUACAUGUCACCCCCAAAGAGGCUGUCACGUACGCACAGGAGGACAUCGGGGACUUCCACGUCGACGCCGUUAUGUGGGUCGGCGGCGACUCGCUGGCAAGCAAUCUUCGACUUCACAGCAUGAUGAUCAUGCCUGACUACUGUAGCCGGCCUGUCCGACCGCUGGUUGGUGUUCACUCGUCUGUACCAACGAUGAUAGAGGCUGUCCGUGGUCGAACCGACUGGAUAGGCAGCCUUUCGCCUGGCCAGACGGCAGCCGAGAGGGUUAACCUUGUGUCAGUGUCCCGCCCAACAGGGUCGCGGGGAAUGCUUGCUGUCAGUUCCACGUUCUCUCCCCCGACCAGCCCAAUUAAGUCAGUACACACCGUUCAGCGCACAUUCUUCAAACCAGCCAUCGUUAACAGCGACUUCAUAGAACGUAAUACUGUUAUGUUCUUCGGCUGGCAGAAUGAUGUGGUGGUGGACAAGCACGAGGAUGCCGACUUACAUGUGUAUGCUUUGGGCAACCCCACGCCCCGUAUCACGCUUGCGAAGAAUGGCACUGACCUCAGCCUGACGGUAGAUCGUCUGGACAUUGAAGAAGCGUAUUAUAAACACACAAUUUUCCGCUUCAGGAAUGCAACCACUGCUAGUUCCGGUCGCUAUAUUUGUACGGCCCAGAGUGGGAGUGGGCGGAUCAAAGAGACGUUUACGUUGUCCGUACGUUCAACGUGUUAGGGGAAGAGAGAGUGCGGUCACCUCAUGUUCUGGUAACGAGGUUGGUCACCGGUAAUCACCUUGCGGUUUUUCAGUGCGUUUCUAUCAAGGUGAAGGUUGAGUAUUUUUCACUUCAUACAAAAAUGUUCAAAAUUUAAACAGAACUAUCAUUGAUGCUGAGGACGAUAAAGGAAAGGCGUUAUCGAUGUAAUUUGAAGCUUGGGUACUGCUUCUUUCUUAUUUCUCCUCAGGUAAUAAUGUGAGGUCGCAUAGAUACAAUCUGAUUAAAGCCAUCAACAAUAAGAUUCCAAUAUGUUAUGCGGAAAUGCUCCGUAAAUCUUUCAUACAAUGAAUCUUGGUAUGGGCUAUUGUAUUCCGAGCUGUACGAGUUACCUUAUGCAAGGCAUACUCCUUCACGACCUGCAUUAGCUAAACCCCUUGUACAUUAACUCAUCCUUCUGGUUCACUACCCAUUUGAAAACAGUUACCAAUUACCUUACAAAACAAAAAGUGAGUGAAAGUGUUCUAACUUCUAAAUAUAUGAUUUUUCGUUGCAGCAGUCCUCGUGGUGUAUACAUGUGAACUGUGAUGCUCUAUUUGUAUACUCUGUUACUGUUCCCUCUGUGUGAGUAAUGUAAUGGACCCGUGCAGUUCCGGGUAGAGAAUAGGUCUUCAGCAACCCAUGCUUGCGACUAUGCUUGUCUUAAGAGGCGACUAACGUGACCGGGUGGUGAGGCUCGUUGAUUUGGUUGAUGCAUGUCAUUGUAUCCCAAUUGCGAGGAUCGAUUUUCAUGAUGUCAAUCACUGGAUUGUCUGGUUCGGACUCGAUUACUUACAGACCACCGAGUGCGGCGUUAAACAACAAGCAAACAAUAAUGUAAUGACGAUAUAACGGGGGUGUGCUGGUGACGCCGUGAACUUGUGUACUGUCUAUUUGUCCUAUUGGCAAUAAAAUAUGCUUCAAUCA